GGAGUUGAUGCUUCUCAGUGUGCCAGUGUUCGGCCUGGAAACCGCUGCAUCAUGUGCCUUGAUACAAAGAUAGCUAUGAAAGAAAAAUAAAAAUAGAACAUAAAGUAAUAUUUAAAAGAAAAACAGUCUACAAAGCUAAAGAAAAACACAAGUGAAUGCGAGCUGUGAACAGCACACCGCCAGAUCAGUGUCUCACGGCAGGUCUUGCCGGCCGCCAUUUCUGGGACGUGACUCCGUCUUAAGCUGUCCUGUUGGGAGCACAGAGACGAAAAGGCAUAAGACAAGGCUUUCUUUUAAGAAAAAAAAAGAAAAAAUACGAAAAAAGAAGAAGACCUAUAAUUAGGGAUGAACAUACACCGAAAUACGCCUUUUCCGCUCACAAAACGCAUGUGUUUUCGAGGUGAGAAACACAGAUGGGCGCUUGCUCGGGGAUGUGCCGACCUGCCAAUUGGAUCCGGACUUCGACCCCAUCCCGUUGGACAUCGGUUUUGCCAGUCGGAAAGCCAGACGACGGAUGGACGCAAAAGCGGAGGAAGAUGAAGAUGACGAAGAUGACGAAGCGUUUAAAAAAAAAAAAAAACAAGGUUCCAUUUCAGAUUUCAGGUGACUAUGAAGGGUUUCAUUGUGGAGCAGGGUACACUGGCCCCGUGAAAACCGUGUGUCGACACUUGGCAGCAUUUGCGCAGCGGCACAGCCCCUGCGAACGACGUCGACGCCCCGACGCGCCAGGGAUGCAACCAGGCUGCCGGACCACCACGUAUCCCGAAGGCUGUGCUCCGCCCGUCCCCUGCGACGUCGGAAGUUUUCAGGACGAAGACGGUCGGCGAGGCAUCAUUGGCGGAAACUUCACCUUUGGGCGCAGUCAGUUGGACACCGUUCUGAAUGUUGGACAGGCUCAAGAUCUGCGGACGCCCUAUGUGCCCAUUCGCUUCGGUGGCCAAGGGACCAUGUAUGAAGACAAGGUGGAGGGUUAUGACAUCUAUUUUGUGGAUGUUUGCCAGCGGCUCAUCACUGAUGAGGGCGCACUAGCGUCCGUGGACGCGAAAAGCACAUCAGACCCAAUUCUGUGCUGCGACGCAGAGGUUUACACAGUGCAGUUCACCGACGUCGUUCUGAAAGAAGCCUACACGGGUUUGGCUGUGAACCCAGAGACUGGUGCCGGAGAGCGACAAAAAGAGGUCGUCGCAAAGAUCCAAAAUCGUCACGGCCUAGAGCUCUCAGUGAACUAUUGGGUGCUUCAAAUUGAAGAUCGGAUUGACCCAAUCACGGGAGCAGCUUCCAUACCGAUUGCAAGCAUGGUGUUUGUGGUGAUCUUCGCGCAGACUUACUUGUGCUGACACUGAUCGCGCAAAAGAAAGCGUCGCCAUCGAGGGGAACAGAACUAGAACGAAAGAGCACAGUUUCUACGAAAGAUCGGGUGCCAAGUGCCUUACUAGUAGCAACAAGUUCCUUACUACUAGUAACAAGUGCCUUACUACUAGUAACAAGAAGCUAGUAGAAACAAGAAGUAAUUCCUUACUUAGUAGAGACGACCUCAUAAUGAAAGAAGGGAGAAGUAAGGAGAGGAGUAAACACGCGAUUAGGACGGAGAGUUCAUGCUUCUUCGGAGCUCCACGAAACUCGAAAU